ACGUGCCACAACCUUUUUCUUAAUUUCGUUUGGCAGACUAAACCACGAAGCAUAGGUGUGUCGAAAGAGGCAAAACAAAACACAUCUAGGGUUUUAGGUUAAGGGCAUAUAGAAGGAAAAACCAUGUUUCCAGGAAUGUUUAUGCGCAAGCCAGACAAGGCGGCGGCCUUGAAGCAGCUACGGACCCACGUGGCCAUGUUCGGUGCCUGGGUCGCUGUGGUUCGAGUCACUCCCUACAUUCUUCACUGCUUCUCUGGUGAAAGUGAAGAGCUCAAGCUCGAAUUUUAGAUCUCUCUUGUUGUUGGUGUAAGAGAGAGGAAGCACAGGGAUGGAGAAGUCUGUUUGCUUUUGAACCAGGGAAAAGUUGAGGUCUACUUUUCCUUGCAUUAGGUUAUAUAUGUCGUUGCUUUGCUUUGUGGCACCGUCCCUAUAGCUGUCCAUAAUUUGGAGGCCUAGUUCCUUUCACAUUAUGUAAGGAUUUGUCAGUCUUAUAUCUUAUUGAAUAUACUUUCUGUUA